AUUGCAGAUGUAUUAAACUGCGCGCUGCUACUUCUCCAUCGGUGCAAGGCUUUUUAGUAGUAGUUGCUUCUUGAGGUAUGAGUUCUACGACUUCUAUAAAUAUGACGCGACAUCUUCAAUGAAUGCCCAAGUAUCAGGAAGCGGCGGAAGGAAAAUAUGGAUGAUCAUUAAUAUAGUUGUAUCAGCAUGCUUGGCGAUGGUACUUUUUGCUUCCGGCAUGUCUUGUCUUGCGAACAAAAAGGCUCGGAAACGGAAGAAAGAAUUUGUUUGUCAGCGAGCAAAUAAUAGUAAUCCAAGUGUCUCACGCUUUCAUCACUGCAAUUUUCAAGGAAGAUAUGACCCCCAAGCUCAAGAUUUUCCCUAUAUUAAGUUGUCAUCAAUACAAGCAGCUACUGAUAACUUCUCCGAUUCAAAUAAGCUUGGGGAGGGUGGUUUUGGUCCUGUCUACAAGGGUUUACUAAGUGAUGGAAAGGAAGUAGCGGUUAAGAGGCUAUCCUUCGGUUCCGAGCAGGGUUCAGAGGAAUUCAUAAAUGAGGUUCUACUUAUAAUGAAGCUUCAACGCAAAAAUCUUGUCAAGCUUCUUGGUUUUUGCGUAGAGGGAGACGAAAGGCUGCUUGUUUAUGAAUUCAUGCCCAACAACAGCCUAGAUGUCUUUCUCUUUGAUCGAAGCAGAUGUGCACAACUCAGUUGGAGCAGACGACUUAAUAUAAUAGAUGGAAUUGCAAGGGGAAUUCUUUAUCUUCACCAGGAUUCACGACUUAGAAUAAUUCAUAGGGACCUAAAACCUAGUAAUGUCUUACUGGACUAUGACAUGAAUCCCAAGAUCUCAGACUUUGGAAUGGCAAGGAUCGAUCUUUGAAGGAAGCGAGGGCGAGGCUAAUAAUACUGCUCAAAUUGCUGGGACCUAUAUCUACAAGGGAGUGCUAGAAGAUGGGAAGGGAGUAGCGGUUAAAAGGCUAUCAAGGAAGUCAUGGCAAGGCUUAGAGGAAUUUAAAAAUGAGGUCAUACUCAUUGCACGACUUCAACAUAGAAACCUUGUGAAGCUCUUGGGAUGUGCCAUUGAGGGCCAGGAAAAGCUUCUUGUGUACGAAUUCAUGCUCAACAGAAGCCUUGAUUUCUUUAUAUUUGGUAAUUUGUUACUUCAACCUUUCCGCUCAUUGACGUGAUAAGCGUUAUAAUUAGCCACUAAUUAUACGUUACAAUACAUACAUAUAUCUCUAUUCUAUUAUAAUAAGUGGUUAUUUAACUGUAAA